AUGGAGGGUUUUGUGGAUCAUUAUCUAGUUCUAGGGUUACCCUCUGGAGAGGAAGCUCUUAAGCUUACUGAGAAGGAGAUUUCGAAAGCUUACAGGUUGAGGGCUUUGGUGUUGCAUCCGGAUAAAAACCGAGAUGAUCCAGAUGCUCACGAUAAAUUCCAGCGGCUCAUGACAUCUCACGAGGUUCUCAAGGACGAAAAAGCCCGGAAGCUGUUUGAUGAUCUUCUCCGAGUCCAGCGUGAGAAGCAACACAGGAAAACGCAGGGAGAUGCCAAGAGGCGUAAGAUGAUGUCAGAUCUGGAGGAAAGAGAGCGUUCUGCUUUCGCUCCUAGACACGCGGCUAGGCCUUACGAUGAAGAGGAGAGAAUCGCGAGGAGGCUUAAGGAGGAGGUAGAUAGGAUUCGUGCAAAACAUGGAAAGAAGAGCGGUGGUUUUGAAACUCCAGAGAGUGGUGGUGGUGUAGAUGGAAAGAGAAGAGAAGGUAGAAGUAGAGCUGGAGAUAGUUAUCAGCUCGAUAAAGAGAGAGCGUUGAAGGUUUCUUGGGAGAAAACUGGUGAAGGGUACACAGCGGAAAGACUCAGAGAGGUGUUUUCAGAGUUUGGUGAGAUUGAAGAUAUUGUUAUCAGGAGUAAUAACAAGGGGAAAUGCUCUGCUCUUGUUGUCAUGGUUACAAAAGAUGGAGCUGUUGCAGCGACGAGAACACUGUGUGGCCAUCUUUCUAAUCCAUUGCUGGUUUUACCUCUUCAGAAAGCAGACCAAACAGAUUUUAUGACGGCUAAGAAAUCUGCAGAAGCAGAGCCGAGAAGCAACAUAGUUGGUGCUGGUUAUCAAGCUUAUGAAGAUACGGUCUUGCAAAGACUGCGAGAGGCGGGUAUGAACCAGAAAUGA